AUGGCGGCUACACUGUACAAGUCUUGUCUUCUUCAAUCCAAGUCCGGCUCCACCACUCGCCUAAACCCUUCUCUCGUCAAUCUCCAUCGUAAUCCGACCAGAGUUUCGGUUUCGGGGAAGAGUCGUAGAGAUGUCAUUGCGAAAGCUUCGAUUGAAAUGGCCAACUCGACACCUUUUGCUCUUGUCAAUUCCUCUAAGCAGAAUGGUCCCAUCAUUGUGAUUGAUAAUUACGACAGCUUCACCUACAACCUCUGCCAGUAUAUGGGAGAGCUAGGAUGUCAUUUUGAAGUUUACCGCAAUGAUGAACUUACAGUAGAGGAGCUGAAAAGUAAAAAUCCAAGAGGGCUGCUGAUUUCUCCAGGGCCGGGUACUCCUCAAGACUCUGGGAUUUCCUUGCAAACUGUUUUGGAACUUGGACCACGCGUUCCUUUAUUUGGUGUAUGUAUGGGUUUGCAGUGUAUAGGAGAAGCAUUUGGAGGAAAGAUUGUGCGGUCACCAUUUGGUGUUAUGCAUGGGAAGAGCUCAAUGGUUCACUAUGAUGAGAAAGGAGAAGAAGGCUUGUUCUCUGGAUUAUCAAACCCUUUCCUUGUAGGUAGAUAUCACAGCCUCGUUAUCGAAAAAGAAACAUUUCCCAGUGAUGAACUCGAGGUUACUGCAUGGACAGACGAUGGUCUGGUUAUGGCCGCGCGUCACAGGAAGUACAAGCAUAUACAGGGAGUUCAAUUUCAUCCAGAGAGUAUUAUAACAACCCAAGGCAAGACAAUUGUCCGCAAUUUCAUCAAACUUGUAGAAAAAAAGGAAGCUGAGAAGUUGACAUAG